AUGCAGCCCAGCGCGGCGGCGGUGGCGUCGGGAGAGAGGAAGUACAAGGGUGUGCGGCUGCGCAAGUGGGGCCGGUGGGUGUCGGAGAUCCGCCUGCCCCACAGCCGCGAGCGGAUAUGGCUCGGCUCCUACGACACGCCGGAGAAGGCGGCGCGGGCGUUCGACGCCGCGUACCUCUGCCUCCGCGGCCCCGCCGGCGUUGACGGGCUCAACUUCCCGGGCUCGCCGCCGGACGUCGGCCGCACCAGCGACCCGAACGAGGUGUACGCGGCCGCAGUGUCCCAAGCCGACCCGGCCGCCGCCGCCGCUCUGUGGGAUAAUGCAGCCGAGCCGCCGUCCGAGAUGCUCGCGCAUGAUGACGGUGCGCCGGCUCCGGCCCUAUCCCCCCCGCUGCAGGUGUCCGUUCCGAGCUUCGACUGGUCGGAGCUGCUGGCCGACCUACCGCCGCUCUUCUCUCCAGCUGAGGUAAUGAGCCGUGCGUACUUGCUGCCAGUGUCACCGGCGGCGGCGGACGUCACCAUGGAAGAAAACGAUAGCUGGUCACCAUGCCCGGGGCUUUGGAGCUUUGAUUCUAGUGGGGAUAGUCCCAUCACUGAUCACGUUGACAAGUGA